CAUUAGGUGUUGGACUCGGGGCGGCUGGCAGUACCAGUGAUGGAGAGUUUGCUGGAGGAGCGGCGCAGCGAGUGGCCGCAGGACACUGUCGGCUACAGGCUUUAUUACCUCGGCGGCGAGAACCCCGGGGUUUGCCGGGCUGAGUUGGAGCGGCAGCUGGAGGGGAUCGUGGGCCGCUUAGCCCUGCUCUGUGCCGGCUACAUAUGGCACAAUGAGGCCUUCAGGCUGCAGUACACACCGGCCCGGGGAGACAUUCCUGCCCAUAUCGGUGGUGUCACAAACUUCGGUGAUAAUGUAGAUGAUGAAUGGUUGAUCGUGUACCUUAUUCAGCAGGUCACCAAGGAGUUCCCUGAGUUUGUGGCAAGUAUUGAGGAUAAUGAUGGCGACUUCUUGUUGAUUGAGGCUGCUGAGCACUUACCUAAAUGGUUGAACCCUGACACGAGUGCAAACCGGGUUUUUUUCUAUCAUGGAGAGUUGCACAUCAUCCCAAUCCCUCAGAAUCCAGGGGAACUCUCUUGGUUACCGGCUAGCAAUCCCACCAUUCUGCAAGCCCUCAACUUGCUCACUACUCAUUCUGAUAAGUGCCUGGCAGCAGAAGCCAUUCGCAAAGCUAUAAGGAGACGCAUUCAAAGUUACCCAGAAAAGAUUCAUGCUGACCAACAGCACGCUUACUGCUUUGUUCCAGCUGGUAUUGCUGCUGUGCUGAAGCAUCGUCCUGACCUGUUGGCACCUGCCAUCCAGGCCUUCUACCUGCGCGAUCCUAUUGACCUACGUGCUUGCCGUCCCUUUAAGCACUUUCUCCCCAAGACCCGUGUAAUGACUCUGGUGACGUUUACAAAAUGUCUGUAUGCCCAAUUACAGCAGCAGCACUUCAUGCCAGAUAGACGGAGUGGCUAUACCCUACCAGCACAAUCUGAUCAGCAUUUCAAAGCGCAUGCACUGGGCAUGAAACUGGCCCAUGGCUUUGAGAUCCUUUGUUCCAAGUGUUCGCAGCCCUUGCCUAGUUCUAAGACGAGAGGCAGCACUUCCAGUGACCCACUCUGGGAAGGCUUCAUAAACAGUCUAAAGAAGAACAAUUAUUUCAGGGGAGAACUGGAGGGUUCUGCACAGUACAGAGAAUUGCUCCGAUCGGCAGAGAUUUACUUCCAACAUUCUGUUUCCAGACCUAAAAGUUCAUCUGCCUUAAGUCCAGGGGAACAGGUCCUGCAGCUUUUGCAAACUCUGUCCUACAGUGUGGAAGAACUACAGAAAGAAGGAGACAGUCUACCUCCCGAGGAUGAUGACAGCUGGUUGGAUAUUUCACCAGAGGAGCUGGAUCAGAUGCUGGAGGAGGCCUCAGGAAGGAAACUGUUGAAUUCUGCCAGACAGGAGGAGGAACUGGAUUAUGAUCUGCAUGACGUCACCAAGAGUAUGAAAGCUUUUGUCUCAAAGGUGUCCUCACAUGAAGGUGCAGAGAUACCACGAUCUUCAGCUGCCAGCCAAGUCCAAUUUGAUGUGAACUCUUUCACCAGUGCUUUGGAAAGGAUCCUAGGGGUAGAAUCAGAUGAGCUUGAUUCGGAUGAUGUUGAUGAGGAAGAGGAUUAUGAUUUAUUGGACAGCGAUGCAGAGUCUGACAAUAAAGGGGGCAAACUAGAGGAGGAUAUGUCAGCUGCAGAGACUCUUGAGAAUAUCCGAGACUACAUGGAGCAGAUGGACCAGGAGCUGGCAAGCACAAAUAUUGGCAAAAGCUUUACUAAAAUCACUGAUGAGGUUGGCUCAGACAGACCUGAUAUAACUGAAGAAGCAGAGGGUGAAUUGGAGACUGACUCUGAAGGGAAUUUGAAGAUUCUGCCUGUGGAUGUGGACUUGAAUCUGGUGGAGAACCUAUUAGAGUCGUACAGCUCACAAGCCGGCCUAGCUGGGCCUGCCUCUAACAUCCUGCAAAGCAUGGGGAUACGACUCCCAGAUAACCAGGACAAAUAAAGACUGCUGUGGUACUUAUGAUAAGUAAUUCUUUAUCACUGCUCCAAGAUCUACAGCUUCACCAUGAUUAAUGUGCCAUCACUGAAGUCAAGUAGCCUUUAAGGCUGGCUGUGCUGUAAAUAACAGUUCAGAUUUACCAUAAACUGGAAAACUCAGAUACUUUAAAAGCAAACUAUUGUUUAGGACUAGAAUCUGAGAGAGAAUACAUCUUUUUAUAUUUUAAAAUUUUCCAUGAAAUCUUGCAGAAACUAUUUUUGUCAUUGUAAAUAAAUGCAAAUAUCAGAA